AUGGCUUAUCUUGCUGUGAUUUCUCUCAUACAAACUCUGAAACAACUAGUGCAGCGAAGGCCACAUUGGAUAAGUGAUGAAAUAAGAAAAAUGGUGGACUCUCUCCUUGAUAGUCUUGAAUAUUUUCUAGACUUUCUUGAGAGCACUAGCAAGAUAAGCCAACAUUGUGGAAAGGUUCAAGUGUUGGAGAAAGAUAUAAGAAAUGCAGUUAAUGAAGUAAAACAUGCGAUUGAACUAAGUAUAUAUGAAAUUAUUAGUCAACUGCAUCGAACGAUUGCAAGCAAGGCAUUAUGCCAAGCCUUGUCUCCACUUGUAGACAAGAUUGAUACUGUAAAGAGGGAGGUGAUAGAAAGUAGUUCCAAUAGAGUCCAUGUUUAUGGUGAUCCAACGAAUGGUAAUCUGCAACUAGGAAAUUCCUUGCUUGGUCAUUCGUCAUCUAGACGUGUUGCAAAACUGAAUCUAGAAACUGCUGUCGUGGGUCUCGAAGACGACUUGAUGAAAAUCAAGAGAAGAUUAACUAGGCCCCCGUCUACCAGAGAAAUUAUCCCCAUUCUGGGAAUGGGGGGGAUCGUAUCUCAAGAAUAUUGGAUUAGAGAUUUGCUAUUAGGAGUUCUUUCUUGUAUCUCAAAUGAGAUCAAAGAAGAGACUGAUGAUCAAUUGAUGGAUAUGAUAUACAAAAAGUUAAAGGGUCUGAGGUAUCUUGUUGUAAUGGAUGAUAUUUGGAGUGGUGACAUUUGGGAUCUUAUGACAAGAACUUUUCCAGACGACAACAAUGGGAGUCGAAUUAUUUUGACUAGUAGGCUCAAUGAGGUGGCUAUGCAUGCUGGCCCUAAUAGCACUCCUCAUGAGAUGAGACUCUUUAAUUCAGAUGAAAGUUGGAAGUUACUUCACGACAAGGUGUUUGGGGUAGAACAUGAGAUUUGUCCUCCUGAACUAAAGGACAUCGGGAAGCAAGUAGCACAAAAAUGCCAAGGACUACCUUUAGCUCUUCUAAUUGUUGCAGGACAUCUCUCUAAAAUUGCUAGGACACCAGAAAGUUGGGGAGAUGUUGCCAAAAGUGUAAGUAAAGUUGUUGCUAAUGAAUCAGAUAAAUGUCUAAGAGUGCUUGCUAUGAUUUACAACUACUUACCUAAUCGUCUUAAACCAUGUUUCCUUUACAUGGGUGUAUUUCCAGAAGAUAAGGAGGUUAACAUUGACAUGUUGAUCAACUUAUGGGUAACUGAGGGUUUUCUAAGGGAAGAGAGGUUCAAAAGCUUGGAACAAGUUGGAAGAGAUUGUUUGGAGGAUCUUCUUAGCAGGAAUCUGAUAAUGGUUAGGAAGAAAAGGUGGAAUAGUGAGGUGAGAACAUGUGGUGUCCAUGAUCUGGUUCGCGACUUGAUUUUAAGAGUAGCCGAGGAAAAGAAGUUCCUACAGGUUGUUAGAGUUAAAGAAGCCACAAAUUCUUCAGCAAAGAAGCUUCGUGUUUGUCGCUACAGUUUCCAUUCAGGCAAUCAAGGUGAUUUCUGGGAGUCACCAUCCAGUCUCACCCGAACUGUGUACUUCUUCCAUGGCCUACAAAGCCCUUCUGAACAAGUUCCUCUUUUGGCAUGCUUCAAACUGCUGAGGGUUUUGGCAAUCCUUGAUUUUAUAUUUCAGAAAUUUCCACUUGAGAUAACAAAUUUAGUACAUCUUAGAUACCUUCAAUUCGACUGUUGUGAUGAUCUUCACUGGUUAGUGUCGGAGCUUUAUAAUCUGCAGACCUUGAUUUUUGGCUACCGUGGUAAUAAAUCUCCAACUAUACCUGCAGCCAUCUGGGAGAUGAAAAAUUUAAGGCAUCUUCACUUGAGUAACUUCUUUUCCUUCCAUAUUCCAUCAAGUAAGGUACAGUAUGGUUUCGAGCUACAAAAUCUGGAGGAACUUUCCUGUCUAUGGCUUUCCAGUUCUACUAGUGAAUUGGUUUCUGCUAUUCCAAAUCUCAAGAGGCUGAAAGUUGGUGGAAAUUGGAGAGAAUGCGAGAGAGAAAAGAUUUCCCAGCACCUAGGUAACAUUUCCUGUUUAGAUAAGCUUGAAAUAUUGAAGAUCAUCUGCUAUGGAAUAAACCAACCCCUAUUCCCAACCAAGUAUUCUUUGCCUACAUCUCUGAAGAGGUUGACUUUGAAAAGGACAUAUUUACCAUGGGAAGACAUGGCAAAUAUUGUGAUGUUGCCAAACCUCCAAGUGCUUAAAACCAAGAAACAUGGUUUCCAUGGUGGAGCUUGGAGAUUAAAUGAUGAGGAGCAAUUCAAUCAACUUAGUUUCCUCCUAAUCGAUUGGACAAAUCUUGAGCGCUGGGAAGCUGGCAGUGUCAACUUCCCAAAUCUGCAACGUCUAGUUCUGAAAAGAUGCUUAUACCUAGAGGAAAUCCCCAAAGACAUUGGGGAAAUUUGUACUUUGGAGUCAUUAGAAAUGCAUGAUUGUAGCAUUUCCGCUGUAAAAUCUGUCAAAGAAAUUCAAGAAGAUCAAGAGAGCAUGGGAAACGAGAUCCUUAGUGUCCAAAUCCAUAAUUGUCGGUAA